CGCAGGUGGCCCGCGCGGGGAUGGCUCCGGUCGUGGAGGUGUCGGACGCCGGGCACUGCCGGGCGCUGCUGCUGGAGCUGAACGAGCAGCGGCUGCGGGGCCAGUUCUGCGACGUCACCAUCAUCGCCGAGGACACCAAGUUCCGCGCCCAUAAGAACGUCCUGGCCGCCUCCAGCCCCUUCUUCAAGCGCGCCCUGGCGCAGGAGCCCGCCUGCCCCUCGCCCGCCCAGGUGCUGGAGCUGCCGGGCGUGCAGGCCGGCGUCUUCUCCGACGUGCUCAACUUCAUCUACAACUCGCGCCUGGCGGUGCCGUCGCCGGCGGCCGCGCGGGCGCUGGGGGCCGUGGGCCGGCGCCUGGGCAUCCCCUCGCUGCAGGGGCUGGAGGCGGCGCCGCCCCGGGACGCCAACGGCACGUGGGCCCCUCCGCCGCCGCCGCCUCCCCCCGCCGUGGGGGACCCCCGCGCGCCCGCCGCCGCCCCCGUGGACCUCACCUGCCCGGCGCGGCCCGGCGAGACGGCGGCGGCGGCGGGCGGGGACACGGCCACGGCGGCACCGUCCUCGCCCUCGCCGGUGUCGCCGGCCUCGCCGGUGUCGCCGGUGUCGCCCGGGCUGCGCUGCGGGCUGUGCGGGCGCGGCUUCAGCUCGGCGGCCGCGCUGGCCUUCCACGCCAAGCUGCACCGCGGGCGCCGCGGCCUGGCCUGCCGCCACUGCGGCAAGAGCUUCAUCCACGUCAAGCGCCUGCAGACGCACGAGGUCGGCUGUCGUGACGGGGACGGGGACGGGGACGCCGCCGCCAACGCCGCCGCCGCCGCCGCCACCACCACGACCACAACCACCACGACCACGCCCGCCGGCGCCGGCGUGGCCGCCUCGCCGGCGCCCAAGGCGGCCAAGAAGGCGCUGCUGCUGCGGCACCGGGCGCUGGAGCCGGGCCCCGAGCAGGAGCCGGUGGUGAAGGUGGUGGACGGGCAGGUGCUGUACCUGUGCGGGGUGUGCCACCGCUCCUACAUGACGCUGUCCAGCCUGAAGCGCCACGCCAACGUCCACUCGUGGCGCCGCAAGUACCCGUGCCGCUACUGCGACAAGGUGUUCGCGCUGGCCGAGUACCGCACCAAGCACGAGGUGUGGCACACGGGCGAGCGCCGCUACCAGUGCAUCUUCUGCUGGGACACCUUCGUCACCUACUACAACCUCAAGACGCACCAAAAAGCCUUCCACGGCAUCAGCCCGGGGCUCAUCGCCUCCGAGAAGACGCCCAACGGUGGCUACCGGCCCAAGCUCAACGCGCUCAAGCUCUACCGCCUGCUGCCCAUGCGGGCGCACAAGCGGCCCUACAAGACCUACAGCCAGGGCGCGGUGGCGGACGGGGCGGGGGGGGUCCUGCUGCCCCCCGGCGCGCCCGUGGGCGACUCCCCCGCGGCCGCCCCGGCGCCCGGCGAGGCCUUCCCGGCGCCGCGGCCCGAGCCGGCGUCGGUGAUCGCCUACGGCCGCGCCGCGCCCUCCGUCAUCGUGCGCAGCAGCGGCGCCGCCGCCUCCGUCAUCGCCUACAACGGGCGGGCGGCCGAGGAGGCGCCGGGCGUGCCCGAGGUGCCGGCGGCGCCCGCGGCGCCCGCGGUGCCCAUGAAGAAGCAGGUGCUGCGCGACUACAUCGAGGCCCAGCGCGCGGCGGCCGCGGCGGCCGAGGCGGGCGCCGGCGACGGCACCGACACCGACACCGCCAGGACGGCCGCCCCCAACGCCGGGACCCCCGCGGGCGGCACCGGGGGCGGCACGGGCGGCACCGCCGGGGGCGGCGGCCGCACCAUGACCUACGUGGCCAAGCCGGCCUACGCGGGCUCGGCGGGCGAGGGGCUGUGCCAGAUCACGGUGCGCAUCGGCGAGGAGGCCAUCGUGAAGCGCCGCAUCUCCGGCAACGACCUGCGCGGCGACGCCGGUGACGCCUCGCCCGCCACCACCACCGCCACAACCGCCACAACCGCCGCCACCCGUGACGACAGCGACGCUGAGGACCGGCUGUGGCGGCCCUACUACUCCUACAAGCCCAAGCGCAAGGCGGGCGGCACCCCCAGCGUGGCGAAGGCGAAGAAGAAGCCGCGCUGGCGCCGCAAGCUGCGCUCGCUGCGCUGGGCGCCGCCCGAGGGGGACGGGGACGGUGCUGGCGGCGCCGGUGACACCGAGGAGGGCGGCGGCGGCGACUCGCGGCGCCGCGAGCGGCUCCACCCGUGCCGCGUGUGCGGGAAGAGCUUCUCGGCGCUGCGGAAGCUGCGCAAGCACCAGCGGGGACACCACGAUGACACCACCGCCGCAGUGACGCCGGCGGCGGCGGCGGCGGCCUCGGGGGGCGCGGGCGGGGGUCCCCCCGGCGGAGCCCCCCGGGUGGGGCGGCGGCCGUCGCUGCGCUUCGCCUGCGCCCGCUGCGCCAAGGUGUGCAAGACGGCGGCGGCGCUGAGCCGGCACGCCAAGCGCCACCGCCCGGAGUCCCCCCCGCCCACGACGCCGGGUGUGCAAGGGGUGUCCUCGUGCGACAAUGAGUGUGCAGGGGGGGAGUCCCUCGUGCGAGUGUGCAAUGGUGAGUGUGCAAGGGGCUCCCUCGUGCAACUGUGA